AUGACGUGCCUUCGCAAAGACGACAUUCUCCGGUCGUUGUUGCCAGACGAGGCAACCUUUUCAACGUCGGAAUCGAGCCGCGGUGCUGGCGGACGAAAUGAAACGGCGGCGGCCGGAGGUGUUCACUUGCGACGAGCAGCGGACCUGAGUCGCGCAGGUCAUGGCGGUCAGAGAGACGAUGCCUGGUGCUGUGGCGGCGGAGAGAGUGAAGAUGACGGCGGAAAACGGCGGUCGGCCUGUGGAAUGGUGGUGCGGCGGUCGUCCUGCUCCGACGGCGAUGGCGUUUCAGCGGGCUUCGACGGCGGCGACGUUUUUGCGGGCAGUGGGCUCCGGCGACCGGCAGUGGCGUGCUGCGGCGGCGAUGGCUGGGCAGAGGCGCGUGUGUGGAGGCACGGCGACGGAAUGGGUGGGAGAAACGAGGCAACCUUUUCAACGUCGGAAUCGAGCCGCGGUGCUGGCGGACGAAAUGAAACGGCGGCGGCCGGAGGUGUUCACUUGCGACGAGCAGCGGACCUGAGUCGCGCAGGUCAUGGCGGUCAGAGAGACGAUGCCUGGUGCUGUGGCGGCGGAGAGAGUGAAGAUGACGGCGGAAAACGGCGGUCGGCCUGUGGAAUGGUGGUGCGGCGGUCGUCCUGCUCCGACGGCGAUGGCGUUUCAGCGGGCUUCGACGGCGGCGACGUUUUUGCGGGCAGUGGGCUCCGGCGACCGGCAGUGGCGUGCUGCGGCGGCGAUGGCUGGGCAGAGGCGCGUGUGUGGAGGCACGGCGACGGAAUGGGUGGGAGAAGUGAAGAUCGGCAGACGAGGCAACCUUUUCAACGUCGGAAUCGAGCCGCGGUGCUGGCGGACGAAAUGAAACGGCGGCGGCCGGAGGUGUUCACUUGCGACGAGCAGCGGACCUGA